GUUUCCAUUUCACUUGGCAAGCUGUGCCCAUCCCUCUCCCACCGUUUCUCUUCCCUCUCCCUCUCUCUCCUCCUGCCCACAGCGAGAUCGCCGCCGCCCGCCGCCGCCGCGAUGGCGAGGCGCUAUUACGCCACCGACAUCGGCGAUCUCCCCGACGCCAUCCUCUCCAACAUCUUCUCCCUCGUGACCGACACGCGCGCCCGCAACGCCCUCUCCCUCGUCUGCCGCAAGUACCUCGCCCUCGAGCGGGCCACCCGCGUCUCCCUGACGCUCCGCGGCAACGUCCGGAACCUCUACUGGAUCCCAACCGGCUUCCGGCGCGUGGAGCACCUCGACCUCUCCCUCCUCUCGCCGUGGGGCCACGACCUCGCCUCCUCGGUCUCCGACCCCUUCCUCCUCGCCCACCGCCUGCGCGUGGCCUUCCCGUCGGUUACCUCCCUCACAGUCUACGCGCGAUCCCCGGCGACGCUCCAGGUGCUCCUCCCGCAGUGGCCGCGCCUCUGCCGCGUCAAGCUGGUGCGGUGGCACCAGCGGCCUGCGCAGUCGCCCCUCGGCGCCGACUUUGAGAUGCUCUUCGAGCAUUGCCGGUCUCUCUCCGUGCUCGACCUCUCGAGCUUCUACUACUACACCGAGGACCUCCCUCCGGCUCUCCAGGGUUAUCCUUCGAUUGCGUCCUCCCUCACGAGGUUGGAUCUCUUGACGACGUCGUUCAGCGAGGGGUUCAAGACGGAGGAGAUUCGUGUGAUUGCCGGCGCCUGCGGCAACCUGCGGGAGCUCCUUGUCGCGUGCACGUUUGAUCCCAGGUACUUUGGGUUCGUGGGCGAUCAGGCUUUGCUCGAUAUAGCUGCGAAUUGUCCGAAAUUGACUCUGCUUCACUUGGUCGAUACUUCUUCGCUGGCGAAUCCGAGAGGCGAUCCAGAGGACGAUGGGCUCACUUCGGAGGAUGCGGGGAUUACGCGAGCGGCGCUGGUGGAGGUAUUCUCUAAACUUAGCUUGCUUGAGGAGUUGGUCUUAGAUGUUUGUAGAAAUGUCAGAGAGAGCGGGUUUGCUCUGGAAGUGUUGAGUUCCAAAUGCAAGAACUUGAGGGUGCUCAAGUUGGGGCAAUUUCAUGGGGUUGUGAUGGCAAUUGAGUCUCAAUUAGAUGGGUUGGCACUCUGUCAAGGUCUCACGUCUUUGUCGAUCAAGAACGCAGCGGAUUUGACGGAUAUGGGGUUGAUUGAGAUUGCGAGAGGGUGUUCGAAGCUGAGGAAAUUCGAAAUUCAGGGUUGCAAGAAUGUUACCUGGCAGGGUAUGAGGUUGUUGACUAGUUUACUUCGCCCGACUCUGCUUGAUGUCAGGAUUUCUUGUUGCAAGAAAAUAGAUGCUGCAGCAUCUUUGCGUGCUGUGGAACCGAUUCGUGAUCGGAUUCAGCGGCUCCACAUUGACUGCGUGUGGGAUGGUUUGGAAGAAUGUGAAGUGGCCGAGCCCAGUGUGCCAAGCCAGAACAACGAAGUCAUGCACUUUCUUGGUGGUAGCACUUACUGUGAGGAUACAGGCCGUAACAAGAGAUGCAAAUAUGCUCUCGAUAGCCAAUAUUCCAAUGCCGUCAUCAAUGGCAAUGGAUUCUUGUGCAAUAGUUGGGAAAGAUUGCAGUACCUCUCGCUUUGGAUUGGGGUCGGCGACCUCUUGACGCCGCUUCCAAUGGCCGGCCUCGGGGAUUGUCCCAAUUUGGAGGAGAUCCACAUAAAAGUGGAGGGAGAUUGCAGGGGGAAGCCAAAGCCAGCAGUUCACGCAUUUGGGUUGAGUAUGCUUUCCCGUUACCCGGCACUUUCAAAGAUGCAGUUGGAUUGUGGUGAUGCCAUAGGUUAUGUAUUAACAGCGCCAUCAGGGCAAAUGGAUCUGAGCUUGUGGGAGAGAUUCUUCUUGAACGGGAUUAGGGAUCUUAGCCUUAACAAGCUUGAUUACUGGCCUCCACAAGAUCGGGACGUCAACCAGAGAAGCUUGUCGCUGCCGGCGGCCGGUUUACUCGCAGAGUGUCUAACAUUGAGGAAGCUCUUCAUUCACGGAACGGCACAUGAGCAUUUCAUGAAUUUUCUGCUGAGGAUACCGAACCUUAGGGAUGUACAGCUGAGAGAAGAUUACUAUCCGGCACCCGAGAAUGACAUGAGUACAGAGAUGAGAGUGGAUUCAUGUAGUCGCUUCGAAGACGCAUUGAGCAGGCAGUACAUACCAGAUUAAGGUACAUGGUUGGGUCAUGCUUCUUGGUCGUGAAGAGCAUGACUGCAGGAAGUCCUGAAAGUUUUUUCUAGUACCAUUUUUGUUGUGUACUUUGCUCAGUUUUUUCUGGCUUCUACAACGUUCACUCACUGAGUGAAAUACGCUGAUCAUGCUUUUUUGACAACUGAUGGGAAUUUCUCUUGAUGUGGUGGAGCAAAGUAUGUCUGGUUCGAUAUA